UCCUGCUGGGUGUUCCCUGGCGACGCGCAGCAGCUGUGAGGGAGAGUCAGCAGCACGGGCCAUCAUCAGCGUGCUCGAGGAGUUACUUACGCCGAAUUUAGUGGGAGGCUCUCCUCCACCUGAGCCGAUUUGACCAUGUCGACCCUCGAAAAACACAUGCUGAAAGAGCUGUUGCUCGUCUGCAGCGCGCUCGGAAGUUCAGAGGCGUCGGAGCACGGCGGUGGCGAUGGGGAACCAGCCGUUCAACAUCAGCGGUUUGUACGCGGAGAGAACUGUUUAGAGUGGCUGCAGGAUCUCCAGAGGGCGCUGCGGAGAGAUGAUGAGAACACAAGAGAGAUCUGCAUCACCCUCUCGUCGUGGCGCGUGGUGCAACACAAGCUAGUUCCUCUUAUCCUGGAGUGUAGGGACGACGCCGUGCUUGUCAAUACCCUCUUCAAGAUCUACGUCAUGCUCACAAUGCCGCUGUCCAAGCAGUCCGAAGAGGCUCUGUCAAAGCCUAUCAACCCCAAGGCGCAGGGUGAUGUUCGGGACCAGCAGAUGCGCCGGAGAGAGAACGCCAUGUCCCAGCAGGCCGCUCUGCACGCGUUCAAGCGUGCUUUCAUCUCGAAGGACGUCCUUUCGGUCGUCGUGGGAAUGCUCGAGGAACCGCUCAGCCACACUGGAGUGGCUCGUACGGACGCGGACAACUUUUCCAUCGAGUUGUGCCUGACGCUGCUGAGAAACGUCCUCAACAUACAAGACCCGACUCCCGGUAUGGCCACGUCGCUGGGUGACCACUACACCCAGAUGCACGAGCAGCUCGUGGCUCUUUUCAAGGACGCUCUGCUUUUAGACAUCCUGCUGCUCUUGGCACAGGACGUGCACGCGAGAGAGAACGCCAAGCUCAACCUCCUCCUCGUCGAGAUUUUCCACUUCAUCAUCCGGGACCAGGAGCCCGGAGCAAUUAUCGCAGUUCACCGAUUGCAGGCGCAGAGAGGGGCUUCGAAGGGAUCCGCUGGUUUGCCUUCGCCAGCUCGACAGAGCGGGGGCUCGCUCAUGAGCGUUCUGGCGAAAGAGAAGACUAAGCGGGGGCUUGGGGCUGGGCAGAUGCACAGCCGCCACGCUAGGUUUGGGGGGACGCUGCAAGUCGGAGGAGGUAAUGGGGCAAACGCAAAGAUGGUAGCCAAUCCCUUCAAGGAUCGCGUGGAUUGUGUACCUCAGGCAACCCGCAAGAAGAAGAAAAGUGCCAAGACAUUUACGGUCGACGACGUUUCAGGACACUCUUCUGGUCUGUCGGACAGCCACAAAGCAAUACUCGCCCGCGAAGCCUUGUACGAGUUCUGCUGCUCGUUCCUCAAGACGGCGUAUGACCCCUUCAUGAGAAGCAUCAAGAACGAGUUUCGCAUCGACUCGUCUCGGUUGCAACCCGAGGACAAAGGAAUGAUGUUCCGACUCAUGGCUUUCUUCAUGAGCUUUCACCACAAGCUCCACCAAGCUGCGGUAAGGGAUGCUGCUGAAGCCGGGCAAAAAGGUGUCGACCUACCCAAGUUUGAGCUGGGGCACGUCCUGGAGACGAUGGACCUCAUGUCCUUCAACUUGGUACUGCGGGAGGUUGAGACGUCCAUUACGGAGAAGAGCACAACGAGGCUUGCAGGGUGCGUGGCCGUGCUCAAGGAGAUGAUGCAUAUCGUGACGAUGCUCAACGAGUCUUCCGAGAAGGCGCACCAGCUGGUGGCGCUGGGUCUCUUGGCCAGAAUAUUCUACGCGUCGGAACCCCUCGACAAGCUCCACGACAUCGUGCGCAACUGGCAGCCUGGAAAGUACACCAAGAGCUUCCUCUGCCAUGUAGUGGAGCUUGUCCACACCACGCUCAAGACUCUGGAGUGGUACAAGAAAGAUAACCACACACACAUCGGGGGCGUCGACGUUAGCUCGACGGAUGGGCCAGACGCGAAAGGGAAUGUCGACAAGGCUGUCAAGGACCGCGUCGACUCUGCGAAGAAGUUUGAAUUUGAGCGCUACUUCCGGAGACUGGCGACCAACUCCACUGUACGCAUGUACAGCAACCUGCUGGAGCACUACGCGACCAACAGCGCCCGGACGAAUCACUACAUCCUGUCCUUCAUGAUGCGUCUGUCAAACUUCACGGGAGACGCCCCGAAGAAGCGACGAGGGGAGACCACCGAACAGGGCAGUGGUCAAGCCAGCGACAGAGUCACCUGCGAGCCUAUGCUGUACAACGUCUACACUCUUGGAGUGUUCCAGAAGGUGUUGGAUGAUCCUUUCACCCGCAAGCCUUCCUUCAAGCACCUCGUGCACUUCAUCCUGUCUGUCGUACGGCAUUUCGGCAUUCUGGCGCAGAAGAACCACUUGGUCUUCGUGGAGGCUUUCUUCCAACACCCCCAACCUCAUCCCUUCUGCGAGAGUUUGGUCAACGUCUACCAUACCGCUAGCUCCGCCCAUCCCGAGGACCAACAAUCGAGGAAGAAACGGGCCGCAACUAAAUCGUUGGAUACGGACGAAGAGAGCGGAAGCGAGGGCGAGGACUAUCAACCCGUCACAGGCAAAGCGGCAGAGGGAGAAAUUGGGGGGGGCGACGACGACCUGCCUGGAGUCGCCGAGGACGAGGAGGAAUGGGACGAGAAUGCCCCAGACGCGGCCGACGAAGAGGCGGAGGCGGGUGGAGAUGGCGAAGGAGCGGUUUCCGGCAGGAAGAAGGGGAAGAGAGACAAAGCAGGGCGGCGCCGUCGGGAGGACAAGAAAGACGCGAAAAAGGUUGCAGCUGGGGCUGCCAAGAAGCGGGCACCGCGCUGGUCGAAAAAGGAGGACGCCUUCCUGCGCGAGCAGUACCCUCUGUACGCCGGCUCCACCAGCGCGGUUGCGGUGCUCAGUGCGGCUGACGACAUGGAGGUGAAGCAACGCACAGAAGAGCAAAUAAAGGCUAGGGUGAAAAAGCUCGGUUUGUCGGCGGCAAGCGCAGCUUCACCAGGGGAAGACGGCGGCGAGAGUGCGGACGAGCCUCUCGAGGUACCAGGCACCGAGAACCGGGCGUCGAGUGGCGAGGAGGACAACGCGAUGGACGAUGUUGGGGCGGACAAACCGAUGCACGUUCGAAGGCUCGAGCGCAAGAACAAGACGGAAAGCGACGACGAUUCGGAGGGCCUCUUCAGCUCUACGGAGGAUAACGACCAAGAACAGCCUGACCGGAGCGCACAAGACGCGACUUCGCCACAAGCCCUGCCCCGAUCCAAUAAACGGGCAAUUUUGGAGGACAGCAGUAGCGAUGAGGAGUAACCCAUUGCGUUGUCUCCAAGACUACCAGGCUAGAUACAUGUAACUGUUGCCCAGGGGGGCGGUGCAAAGCAAAUCAAGAGCUGGCCGCCGCCUUGAAGUCGUUG